UGGUCGCUUUUAGAGGAAGAAGGCGUGACUACAGGCAGGCAUACAACAAUACUGAACUGCACCCAUGUCACAGAGCUAACCCAGUCUGAAUGCAUCGGACGUGAUAUUAAAGGAAACAACAAGUGCACGCUACAACAAGUUUGUUGGAGCUAAGUUAUCCGAUGUUAGGCAGCAGAGGAAUAUGCAUUUUUUCUUUCUAUGCUGAAGAUCAUCGCCUGUUCUACAACAACAACAACAAACUCGUAGACUAGAACUAGGAAACGGCCGAUACAGCUGUGUUAAGCAUGACCGUCUGCUAGUUUUCCUGGACGAUUUAUUCUGGAUUAAUCUGUGAAAUCACCAAACGAGACAACCUGCAUCGUUUUAGUCGCCUUAAAGCAGCGCGUGGACGAGUCGGAAACUCGAGCGCCAUUGAAGACAAGUAAGCUCGAGUUCCGACAAUCUGAGGCUGUUAGACACAAGUGCCUCUUGCACUUCUGGUCCCCCCACCCCAGGCAGGUGUGACUCGUCCGUACGACGUCACAAAUGCGACCAUGGGAAGUAGCAGUGAGUAGGCGGCCAUCAACAGCCCCCUUAAACCAGAGGAGGGUCGUCGGGGAGCCUUGCAUCACACCUCUGCACCUCAGGAGAAGUCCUCCAGUACGACGUCAGUGGGGACAGCGAGAUAGACCUGCUGUGCACACUUCCCUACAUCAGGAUGAGAACUUUCACCACCCUGUCUUCUCCCAGCAUCAGCAGAUUCCUUUAGAUGAGUCCAGGCAAUAUAGCCACACCAGUGCACCUCCACGCAUGCUGCAUACUGCCACACAACCCCCCCAACAGAGCUCCAUCAUGGUGGAUCUUCACGAACAGAUGCAUCAAGGAUCCGUUCCGAUAUCUUACACAGUUACCACGGUGACGACCCAUGGUUUUCCCAUCCACACCGGGCAACCUAUCCCAGCCUGCAAUGCUCAGCAGCUCCCAGCAUGCUCGGUAAUGUUCAGUGGACAGCUCUCUCUGCUCUGCUGCCUUCCUCCUCCACUCAUUCAGGCCUGCACCAUGCAGCACCUGCCUGUGUCCUAUCAGGCAUUUCCACCAUUGAUCUCCAGUGAGCAUUUUAUCCUGCACCCCAGUCCACCAGUGCCACCCCACCAGCCUCCUCAUCUGCCUCCACUCAACCAGUUUGUCCCCAUACAGCCCCAGCACCCGCGCAUGCCUCUGCAGAGGGUGGAGAACGAAGUGGAUCUGCGAGGAGACCAGCAUCCUUUAGGAACAUUCUCUUAUCCUCCAGCCCACCAUCCACCAGCAAUGACCCCCUCUGUCCCCCUCCAGUACCUCCCCCAGGAGCCCCUCCAUCAAGAGCUACCCUACGGAGUGCCAUAUCCGCACAUGCUGCCGAGGCGUAUAACUGGACAGAGGUAUCGAUUACAGCAGCCUCUGCCUCCCCCACCCCCUCCACCGCCCUACUACCCUGGCUUCUUACCAUACUUCCUCUCGAUGCUUCCUGUGCCUCCAACUGCUGUUGGUCCUGCUAUCAGUCUGGACUUGGAUGUAGAUGAUGUGGAGAUGGAAAACUAUGAGGCGUUAUUAAACCUUGCUGAGAGACUCGGAGAAGCGAAACCUCGAGGACUAACGAAAGCUGAUAUAGAGCAACUUCCGUCCUACAGGUUCAAUUUAGAAAACCACCAAUCUGAACAGACUCUGUGUGUUGUAUGCUUUUGUGAUUUUGAGUCGAGGCAGCUACUUCGAGUCUUACCCUGCAACCACGAAUUUCAUGCAAAAUGUGUGGACAAGUGGUUAAAGACCAAUCGCACCUGUCCAAUCUGUCGAGCCGACGCAUCUGAAGUUCACCGCGAAGUGGAAUGAGUUCAGGUUUUUGUCCUUCACUGGAAAACAGCACAAAUCCUUGAGCGUGUUCUGUGAGUGGGGACACCUGAUCUCCAGCCAAACGCAAAUCUACCCCCCAACCCCGCUCCCAACCCCACCUCUACAAUAAGCAAUCUUGAAAUUUGUACGAAACCUGUUUGACCUCUGCUGUUCGUCAUUGUGCGAGUUUCAUGAAAGCUACUGCCGCGUAUAGCCACUUCGGAGUUCUGGAAUUGUGACCUUUUUUUGGGGGUGGAGUUCUUUUCAUCUUUCUUUUUGCAUUUCCCUGCCCUUGUUUCGCAGAUUCCAAAGAUAACCUGUAAUACGUGUUGUGUUGGCAUAUUCGUUUACACAAUUGAAUAUUCUCUAGUUGUUUGAUCACAGAUUAUUAAAAUCGUGCUUAAGCGUCAUAAGGAACUGGGGGAGUGGGCCUGGAUGAUGGUGUUUUUUUUGCUUUACUGUGCAAUCAGACGAGUCUGUAGGAUGCGGCCGCUCCAGCGGGGAACGACCAUCAUAGAUGCAUGUCUGUAUAAGUGACGGGCUGAGGGACUUGUUAAUAAUCUAUGUUUUGCAAUAAUGUAUUGAUCAUUUGAAUAUCUUAAUCCCGAUUCUCUUUUAUCUGCGAAUGCUGUUGUGAAGAAGUGACUUUGAGUGGUUCAGAGUUUGAAGGCCUGAGGUUAAAGAGGGAACCGUAGACAAAAAGGACUGCGAAAGGACAGCCGUGAAUCCAUUGGGAAAACCGCUGGGCUUUCACCACAGUCGUAGAGACAUUAAAGAAACUGUGGUGUUUUUUCGCUUUUGCUGUUGAGGCCAGUCGAACUGGCCCAUGAGAACACAGGGACGAGGACAGCACACUGCCUCUGUCAGCUCCCACAUGGCUGCACUGCACAACCCCCAUCGAUUCUGGACUCCGCUCCCUCACACUCAGCUAGAUCCAGGAGAACAUCUCACGGGCCUCGCACGCACUGUUCUUUUAGACUAGCAAUAUUUGAAUUUAAGACAUCCACCGCAUUUCAGCCACAAGAGGAACGUCGGAUGGCCUCCGUCUUGCCAUUCUCAUGUCCGGAGGCCAAGGAGUUCGCAUUCGCCUGUCCAGAAUGACUUUUGGGGAAAUGGUGGAACACUUUGCGGAAAGCAAUAUGUGCAAUGAGUGUGUGAAGUGAACGCAACGUUUGACCUGAUUUUGGAGGACUAGGCUUUUUGUUUUUCCUCAUUCGUGAGCCAAAUAAUCAAUAUACUCUACAAGAUUUUUAGCUCUGCCUUCUCAAGACCUUGACAAGCACAAACCUGUUACUAAUCUUCAGACAUCCUUUGUCAGUUCCUCUUUUAAAAGUGCGUUAUUUUUUUUUUUUUUGGAAGUGGUGUUAUUUAUUUCUUCUUUCGCAAGAGUUUUUGAAGGAUUCGGUUGGAAUGCUAAAACAUCUUUAGCGCGUUUUAGUUUGCCUCUGGUUGUCAGGUCUCAGGCCGUGUUCACAGUGUAAAGUGAUGUGAAAAAAAACAAACAAAAAAAAAAAACAUUGUAUGCAUAGCCUUGGUGUGUAAGGUUGCAAAUUAUCGUCUUGUUUUUAAGACAAAAGAAUGUUGAAACCCUCUGUAUUUCUAGUUACGCCCUCUCCUGAGUGCCAGUUGACUGUAGUCGUUCCACGAAGAUCCCGGAUAGGACUCGAAACGGCAGAGAUGGAGCGUUAGGGUCGUUUAAAGAAAAAAAAUGCACUGUAAAACGCUUAACUCGUGGUUCACUCGAUUCCAAAAAACAAACCUGAACGUUGUUCGGGGGAAAACUAUGAAAUAUUAGGUUUUUUUUUUUUUUUUGGUUCCCUAAGUACUUUAAUUAUAGGACUUUUAAAUAUAUAUAUUCAUGAGUCGUUUGUCCACUGAAUAGUCAUUGUAACUCAAUAGACACACUGGCUUUUUCGGGUAAAGGGACUCUCUUAAGAGAAUGUGAGUAUCUUGUGUUUGCGUGCCAGGUUUUAAAAAAAAGCCAUUGUAAUGAAUUUAAUCCACACUUUUGAUAAGUAAUCUAUGUAUACAUAUCUGUUCACUGGCAUAUAUUUUGAGUAUAACGGGGGAAAAAAAAUCACUCAGGGCCUCUCUGUAAUUGAAAAAUAAAGGAAAACAGUCCAUUUCAAAUGGGAUUGACGCCAUGGAGAUAUAUUUGGGUAUUCGGGGGUUGUUUUCCUCAGGCCAUGCAUAUUUAAAUGUAAUCAACUGAACUAAUAUUCCUUUUAUAAAUAGUGGUGAAUAUUAUUCCAUUAUAAGACCGGCAUGCAAAGAAAAAAAAAAAAAGAUGAAGUGACAUGUUGUAUCACGUGAGAAUAGGCUUUUCGUCACUGCAGCUGAUCAUUAGCGUAUGUUACUCGAACCUGUUUUCCAGCCGUUGCGUUUUUCCGUGUUCUUGUUCUUGAACCACACAUAAAGGUUGUAAUCCCGUUGAAAAACGUGCCACCGUGCACACUGUCCUACCUAGACCACUUCCAAGACUAUUCUUACAGUGUUUGCAUGAUUUAAGGAUUUAAAAAAAUGAAAAAAAGUCAAAAAAUCAAAUCUGUAUUUUCAGUGAAAGAUAUCUAGGGAGGGGUGGGCAAGUAUUUAAUUGUGCACAAUAUGCAUGCAUGUCUAACCAGGUCCCAACUGGUUUUUAGGUAGAUCUAGUUGGCUUUGGGUUCUGGGUGUAGGGGACUUUCUGCUCAGCUGAUAACUGCCAUGCACUGUACUGCACACAUUUGUAAUAGAACCGAAUGACUACAAGAUUUUAUUGUGCUUGUACUUGCAAAAGAAAAAGAAGAAAAAACUUUAAAGACUAAUAAUAUAGGAUGUUUAAAAUAACACGUUAAGCUUGAUGCCAGUGGGAAGACGGUGGCUUUUUGAAGUGGAAAAAUGUGUUUUGAUAGGCUCCUCACCACAUUUGUGCUUCUAUUGUUGCCUCAGUUACUGACACACUUGCCUGGAAUCUAGAAAAUGGAAAGCCAUAUAGUUAAAAGGUGCUAGAUAUUCAUUCUAUAUUUAGGUGUAAUGCUACAUUCACAUAAGAGAAUGCAAUAGUUUGUUAUGGGUCUCUAUUCAUACAGCAUGCAGUGCUAAUAGUACCCUCACGGUGGUCAGAAACAGUUAAUAACAUUAUCAACAGGGGUUUCAAUUAAGAAAACAAACAGAAAAAAAAGAUAACUAUUUAGCUUUACUUGUAUGUGCUGGUAGACCGUUUUAAAGGAUACUAUUAUUUUACUGCCUGAGUGAUCAGAUUCAAUACAUCUGCCUUAAAUCGAAGUAGUAGGAGGUUUUGUGGUGGUUAAAAAACACGGCGUUAUCACUCAUUCACCAAAACGGUCAGAAAUAUAUGUACCUGUUGUACGGUUCUCUCUACCCUGAGCAUCUGUAACUGGUAUGGUUUAAAAAUAAGUUGUUGAUAUACACGCAAGCACUUUUGCUUGGGGUAACCGGCUGUGGGUUAUUUCUAAUAUAUCCUUAUUUAGAUUUAUAAAGGAAUUUUUCACAAUAACCAAGAUUCCUUGAAAACCUCAGUGUUACCUGUAUUGAAUUACUAAAAAGAAAGAAAAAAAAAAAAACCUUAUGAGUUAUAAUGAUAAAUAGAAUCUUGUAGUCUUUCUGUGAUUCAACUAAUAAAUAAUCUCACAGCUUGUGUGGUGGAAAAUUGUGUUCCAAUAAGCAGCUAAAUACUUUAGGAUUUGUGAUUUGUUGAUCGCUCCAUAGACGCCACUGAUUGUUUACCAAUGAUUUCUUGCUGUGGUGGGAUAGUGGAUUGUUUACUGUUCUAUUCUCCUCCUGGCCCUCAGGGGUCAGUCAUUGCCUGAACUCCAGACUACCCAGCCAACAACAGGGCCAGGGGCAUGUGUUCUGUAUUAGGAAGAUAUUUUGCUUUGGUACUUGCACAUUUACAGUUACCUCAUUUUUGCCAUGUUUGUAUUUGAAAAAAGAAAAAGAAAAAAAAAAAAACAAUAAAAAAAAUGAAAUAAAAAAAGCUAAUAUAUAUUAUAUAUAGGAAAUGGUUCUUAAUGCUAUAAUUUUUUUUCAUUCCAUUGGAAUCAUUGUUUGUAGCAUUUAACAUAUAACUAGUUAUAGUGUAUUAUAAAUACAUCUGUAUACUGAUUGAAAUUUUUAAGAUUUGUACUUUUUUUAAAUGAAAGUUGCUAGUUCUGCUUUACUGAGUAGUGCAAUCAUAUUUUUUUUUAAUUGUGGCUAAUUGGAGAGGGUUGUUCACUAAUAAAUGUGUGAUGUAUACUCAUACUAAACUGACUAAAGUAAUCACUGCUUUAAACGUAUUGAGCAAUACAGAUGUGUUGCGGUUCAGUUACUUGUCUGAAGGUUUCUGUCUCUCAAAAGAGGUGAAUCUCAUAAAGAUUGUUCGGGUUAUUUUCUCCCCAUUUAAAAAAGCAAUAAAAAGCAAUAAACCUAAAUCAGAUUAGAUGGCGCAUGUUGAAUUUAAUGUGGAUGUAAACAAGGCUGUCUUUUCAAUGGCACACACUACAUAUUUUAGAAUUGUUUUACUGAGUUUUUGUCUGAAUGUAUUAUUGCGCGAAUGUAUAAGUUAUGCACUGCAUUUCUGUCACUCGCAGCCUUGUUUUCAUUCCUGUCAAAAAUUUAAUAUUGCACUACUCUGAGCAAGUUCUAUAAUAUGUUUUGUAUAAAACAUUACUCCACAAAAAUGUAUAUAUUGCCACCAUAUCAGUUAUAAGUCAGUAUCAGCCUCUUUUGUUGUUAAAUUUGUUUUAGGAAUAAA